AUUUAACAAAACAUGAGUGUUUAACAUCAAAAUGAGGUCACCCACAAGCUCAACCCUUCUUCCUCCCCCAACUCCCUAGAACUAACUUGGAAACUUUCCUCUUUCCAUCAUUUUUCUUCUUCAAUCUCCCUAAAUUCUUCCUAGAUCUUCCUUAAUUCUCCCACUCAACCUUUUCUCUCUUUCAAUUCCCAAUUUCUUCUCAAAUAUUACUUCCUCUUGUUCAACAAACAACAGAGAAUCACAUACUUUUUUUUUCUUUCUACGGUAUCAGUCCUUCUUUAGAAGAUCACUUCUCCAGAUCCAAAAACUUUAUUUUUUGUAAUUCAGUUAGGAUCAUUCUGGGUUCAAUUCAAAUUGGCCCAUCAAUUUUUGGUUUUUGAUAAUUGUAAGAUUGAAGUCAAUUUCAAUUCAAAUGCCGGAAGAAGAUCUGGUGGAUAUAAAGUUCAGGUUGUACGAUGGAUCAGAUAUUGGUCCGUUUCGUUACUCAUCUACUUCCACUAUUGAGAUGUUGAAAGAAAGAAUUGUCUCUGAGUGGCCUAAAGGAAAAACUGUUUUACCAAAAGUAGCAAAUGAAAUCAAAUUGAUAAACUAUGGUAAGAUAUUGGAGAACAAUAGAACUGUUGGCCAGUGCCGGGCACCUUUUGGUGAGCUUGCUGGAGGAGCCAUGGUUAUGCAUGUUGUCGUACAGCCAUCUCAAGCAAAAACUAAAGCAGGUAUUUACAUUUUUUUGGUUUUGUUUAUGAUGGUUUGGUUUGCUGUUGAUGUAUGAUUUUAUGUUUCCUGGAGAUCUUAUUGUCUGCAUAAGAUACUGCAUGCCAUAAUGUCUUAAAAUCUGAUAUAUAAGAUAAUUUGCAUGAGUUCCACCAGAUGAGAUUGUUGCCAUCUAUUGAAACGGAAAUAUGUGUUUUCGUAAUUGUUAUAUGAUGUUUUCUUGUUCUGGCAAAUAAUAUUUACCCUUUGGGCACUAUUUUCUUUCCCUUAUAUCCAAAGGAAGGAAACGGCAUCCUCCAUUUUCCCCACAUUAUUUCCCUCUAACUAGUUGCUAUUUGAAGAACAACAUUCCAUCACUUGAAUGUCAUUUUUUUUCAACUCUCCUACACUUCCCAUUCUUCCAAUAGAGCACUUACCUAUCUCUCUUAUGCGCUACCUUUUGCUCUAAUAGAAAAAAAACUGCUAACUUGAAACAUGUUUUUUAAAAUUUUAUGCUGUUGAGUUAUGCUUGAUGAGAAAAUUCCAAAUUUAUUAGUAUGUUUAGUUGAGAUUAUUAUCUUAUGUCUAUUAUUACGUCUAGUGAUAUAAUUUGUGUUUUGAUUUUAAACUCGGGUAAGCCUUUUUAUUAGGGGUGGGAUGUCUUGUAGGGCAUGUGAAUGAUGUUAGAACACGUCGUUUAUUUGGUAGUGCAAAUUGCAAGAUCUAUGGAGUAUUGCCUGCCUGAACUGCGGUGCUGCAGUUGUUUAACGCAUGCCCCAUACGACUAAAUAAAGCAACAAGUGUUCUUUAUUCUCUAGUAUUGAACAGAACCCAAGUUCUCAUUUUUGUAGCUUUUACUCUGAAUCAUGAUUGUUGACAUUGAAUGGUUAAGCCUCAAGAUGUGUAAGUCGUAACAUGUCUAUUUAAAGAUUUUUUGUCUUCUGGCAUGCAUCAGAUGCACAAAUAUAGUUAACUUUAUUCCUUCGGUGGAUCAGUCUUGAGAGUCUUUUAUCUGAAUUUGCUAUAUCCUUAACAUCGAGUUCAUCAUCUAUUAUUGUUCUGAGCAGAAAAGAAGAUUGAAGAGUCGAAGAAAUUUGUUUGCUCUUGCUCGAUUAUGUAGACCCAGUACCAUCAAAUAGGUGGAUAUUGUGCAUUAAGAAUUGGAAGCUGGAGUUUGCAGAAGCUUAUUUAAAAAGCCAUCCUUUCUUUUUUAUGCUGUGUCGGAAUUCAGAUUGAGCUUUAUCACAGCAAGUUUUAUACCGCUCUGGCCUCCUAAUUUCUUGGAACGUUUUUUUUCUUUUUUGAUGUAUGAGUAACACGAAGCUGUAUAGAGCUAUUUGCUGUAAUGGAAAACCACAAUCAACUGAAGAAUAUAUGCCCACUGUUUGUGUGACUGAUUCUAUGAUAAAA